UUCCGCGGCCAGGUUGUCUAUGCGUCAAGUACAGCCUGCACUGUGCCUCAGCGGUGUCGGUCGGUCGUGUGGGCAAGCGAGGGCGAGCGAUAGAGUGAUUACAGUGCGAAGGAAACUUGGGUUUGUGACUAAAAGCUGGAAGGAAUUACCGUGGCCAAUAUGAAUGGAAACUACGUCAAGAAAAUUCCGAUUCAUUUACAGAGUGCCCAGAAUCGCCUCCUCAUCAAGGGGGGGAGAGUUGUCAAUGAUGAUAUGAUGCAAGAUGCAGAUGUCUACAUUGAAGAUGGAGUCAUCAAGCAAGUGGGCCAGAACCUUCACAUCCCAGGUGGAACAAAGGUGGUGGAAGCCAAAGGUCGCCUUGUUAUGCCAGGUGGAAUUGAUACUCAUACCCACAUGCAGCUGCCAUUUAUGGGAACGUUUGCAGUGGACGACUUUUAUACUGGGACUCGUGCUGCCCUUGCUGGUGGCACCACAAUGAUCAUGGAUUUUGCUCUGCCCCAACGAGGGGAGUCCUUAGUUGAGGCCUACCACCGCUGGCGUGCCUGGGCUGACCCAAAGGUGUGCUGUGAUUAUGCACUUCAUGUAGGCGUCACUUGGUGGUCCCCCAAGGUAGCUGAGGAAAUGCAGGAACUGACUGAGGAUCUUGGAAUAAACUCCUUCAAGAUGUUUAUGGCCUACAAGGACACCUGGCAGCUUGGUGAUGGAGACCUUCUUGAAUCCUUCAAGAGGUGUAAGGAAUUAGGAGCACUGGCUCAAGUCCAUGCAGAAAAUGGUGAUGCUAUCAAAGAGAACUCCAAAAAGCUGUUGUCAAUGGGCAUAACAGGACCAGAGGGACACGAAAUGAGUCGCCCAGAGGAGGUUGAGGCAGAAGCCACAAACAGGGCCUGUGUUCUUUCCAACCAGGUUGGAUGUCCCCUCUAUGUUGUGCAUGUUAUGUCAAAGAGUGCUGCUGAUGUAAUCUCAGCAAAGAGAAAACAAGGCCACAUUGUGUUUGGUGAGCCCAUUGCAGCCUGCCUUGGCACAUCAGGCAAGCACUAUUGGCACCAGUGCUGGAGACAUGCUGCAGCUCAUGUCAUGGGGCCUCCUUUGAGACCUGAUCCAGACACUCCUAGAUAUCUCAUGGACCUUUUAGCAAAUGGUGACCUCCAAGCAACAGGGACUGACAAUUGCACAUUUACUGCUUCUCAAAAAGCACUUGGAAAAGAUGACUUCACUAAAAUCCCAAAUGGAGUCAAUGGAGUUGAGGACCGAAUGUCUGUUAUCUGGGAGAAAGGUGUUGUUUCUGGAAAAAUGGAUCCAUGCCGAUUUGUGGCAGUAACUUCAACUAAUGCUGCAAAGAUCUUCAACAUUUAUCCCAAAAAGGGUCGUAUUGCUGUGGGCUCAGAUGCAGAUAUUGUUGUAUGGAACCCUAAUGCCACUCGUAUCAUCUCUGCAAAAACACAUCACCAAGCAGUUGACUUCAAUAUUUUUGAGGGAAUGGAAGUGCAUGGCAUUGCUGAUUAUGUCAUCUGCCAUGGUCGUGUUGUAGUGGAGGAAGGGGAGCUACGCGUACAGUCAGGAAUGGGCAAGUUUGUCCCAACACCUGCCUUCUGCCCCCAUGUCUAUGGCAGGGUUCAAGACAGAGACAGGGCCCAUGCUCCACAGAAGGUUGAGCGUGCACCCUAUGAUGGUCCAGUGGCGCAGCUGAAUAGUCAGUCUCAAGGCCAGGUGACAGAGCACAUCUCAGCUGUGCAGCAGGAGAAUUUCUAUACCCGAGGUCCGACUAGAAGUGGAGGUGUCAACCUUCAUGACUCGAGCUUCCACGUGUCGGGUGCCCAACUUAAUGACAAGUCACCCAAGCGUCCAUCAGUGAAAGUGAACAACCCACCUGGUGGCAAGACCUCUGGCAGCUUCUGGUAACCUUGAAGCAAUUUAAAUCAUCAGGAACAGAAAUGAAUAUCUUCCCUUAUAAAUUUCUACGUGUAGGAUAUGGCACUAAAUGUUUUCUAUUGUACACGACACUCUUGAUCUUUAAGUUUGCUAUGUUAUAAGGUUGCAGAAACUGAUACAAGGAAAACUAAAAUUGACUUGCCAGAUAAAGAAAUAAUAAGUAAAUUGUCUUAAUUUUAUGUAAAUCAUAUUUCAAAAACAAAGACUUUAUAUAUAGAGAAAGAGCACACUGUUUUUAACAUCUUUACUGACAGCAAAUGUAAAUGUAAAGUAUUUUAUUAUUAUUAUUAUUAUAUUUUAUUUAUUUAUUUAUUUUCCUUUUACAUCUUUACUGAGACAGCAAAUGUUGAUGUACAGUAAAUGCUAUGAAGAAGAAACACGUAAGUGGCCUCCCAGUAAGCACUUUAACAACUAGAAUAAGUAAGAAAUCCUGACGAAGAUUGUAAUUAGAAAGAUUUUUUCAGAUGCAGUGUAUACUAUGAGGCUGAUUUCUUACAUACUUUAAUAAUAAUUUGUUGCCUUACUAGGUAGGUGACAGAAUUAUGACCUACUGGUACUGUAUUUCUCGGGUCUUUCAAAAGCCUUUUACCUGUAUGUUAAUUGGGUCUAAACCAAAAGAUUGAGCAGCUUUAGAUCUGAAAACCAGAUGCUUUAUAGUGCAGAUUGUGUUUAGUAUUCUUCUUGUAAAUUUAAAAGAUUGCAUAAAUUAAUAUAGGCUAAAGAGAACAUUUGUUAUUUAUCAUUCUUUUUUUUUUUUAAUUGUUGCUCAAUUAUAUUGCUUGGUUAUUUGAAAUAUAUAUAGUAAGUUCAUAUGUUAAUGUAAAUCUUUCUUGGCUCUUCCUUAUAUGUGCUGAUUUUGUGUAUUGUUAUUCUGUUUGUAAUGCUUCAUGGUGUUAUUCACAGCUAUUGACAAUAAAUAUACUGUCAGACUU